AUGGCAAACAUCUUUCAUAUGGAUGGCAUGGUCAUCUUCGUGCUGCUGGUUAUCUGCACCUGUGCCUACAUGAAGCGCGUGCCACGACUCAAGCAAAUGUUCCUCAGCGAGAAGAAGGGCUUCUUUGGCGCAUUAUAUAAAGCUGCCGUGAUAGGAACGCGACUACAUCUCUUUGUCUCACUCACAGCCGCAGCAACGGGCUUCUAUUUGCUCUUCAUCAAGUGA